UACUAUGACGUCAUCAGCGUGCGACCGUUCGGGGACCUGCCCUUCACUUCUCUAACGCUGUCACUUCCAACAUCAAAACACCACCAUGAGUGCAAUAUAAAGCCAAGUCUAUGGAUCGACAAUCUUACAACUAAAGUGACCGCGGGGGAAUUCAUCAUCCAGCUUUUAUUACCACAUCCAAGUGUCGAUGGCAGCGCCGAACUCAGCCGAGAGAAAAGCCUGCUGGGAAGCCAGGGAUUUCUUCUGGAAGUGUCUGGAUGACAACAAGGACAAAUCAUCAACAUGCCACAACUUCCAAGAAGAAUUUGAGGCUAAAUGCCCAGCUCAGUGGGUGAAAUAUUUCAGCAAAAGAAGAGACUUCCUGAAAUACAAGGAGAAGAUGCAGACAGAGGGCUUCACUCCUGCUGAAGGCCCCCGGGGCCAGACCUCCUAACCAUACAGUAAACAUCACCAGGGGCCAGGCCUCCUAACCAUACAGUAAACAUCACCAGGGGCCACACCUCCUAACCAUACAGUAAACAUCACCAGGGGCCACACCUUCUAACCAUACAGUAAACAUCACCAGGGGCCACACCUCCUAACCAUACAGUAAACAUCACCAGGGGCCACACCUCCUAACCAUACAGUAAACAUCACCAGGGGCCACACCUCCUAACCAUACAGUAAACAUCACCAGGGGCCACACCUCCUAACCAUACAGUAAACAUCACCAGGGGC